UUGAAAGUCAUAUUUUAGAAAGGUAGAAGACAGAACGGCAAGAACACACCAGAAAUGAAAGCCCUUUUCUUAAUUGUUCUCUGUGUGGUUGGUGCUUCCGCAUACAGUCACUUCAAUUUAACUUUGCUAGAAAUCGCAAAGAAAUAUGGCCUGCACGACAUCUUGGUGGAUCUCGGAGAAACAGCUGGCUUAGCUCAGAAACUUAACGAAUCAGGACAAUGGACUAUCUUUGCACCCACUGACGAGGCCUUUGACGAAAUGGGUCAUACCUUUCUUCAAGAGUUGAAAAACGAUUCUGUUGCACUGGAAGCCUUUCUCAAAUACCAUGUUGUACAAGGCAUAGUUAUGUACAAAGACCUUCAGAAAAAUGAUAUGGAAUUAACUUCCGUAGCUGGGCCGAAGAUCCGUGUGAAUGUUUACCGAGCGAAUCGGGCUGUCACUGUUGAAGGCUGUGAGCUAGUAAGCGUUGACAAUGUGGCCACUAAUGGUGUUUUACACAUCAUAGAUGAAGUGAUGCUCGCGCCAACAGACAACCUGUACGACACUAUACUCAACACUCCUAGAUUUUCCAUCAUGGCACAUCUGCUUAAGAACACUAACUUGCACAAAGAAUUAGAGAAUGGUCCCUACACUGUCUUCGUACCGAACAACGAUGCAUUUAACCGUUACAGCAACACCACUCUGCAGCGUAUCGAAGGCGAUGUUGCUCUAUCCGAAGUUCUGAUGAGGUACCACAUUGUUCACGGAGUCCUGUGGAGGGCUGGAAUGCACACAACAUACCUGCAAACUCUUGCAACCGGUGACAAACUUCUCAUCAGAGAAGGCUUUUUCGGUACCAUCACAGUGGAGAGAGCCCACAUCGUCAGCCGAGACAUUCCCGCAAACAACGGUGUCAUCCAUGAAAUAUCCAGAAUGUUGAAACCCAAGGAUGUAGAUUUAAUCAGUUAAAACAAACGUCUAGAUGCUCUAAUCUUGUGAACUAAUAAAAAUCCGGAGCAUGUUUAUCUGUGUAUUUCCGUUGUAAAUAAAUAUAUGAAAAUUUUAAAAAAAAAA